CAAAAGCGUGUGUGAGAGCGGCCCUUCCUCUGCUGUGUGCACGUUUGCAGUGGCGCAACAAUAGCCAGCUGCGGAACGGCAGUGCGUCCGUUCGGCCGCUGGGUGUCUGCACUCUGGCUCUAGUGAGGGAGGUCUGUCCGUGGUUUCCGGAAGAGAGGGUGUGACACAUGGGACACACACACACACACACACACACACACACACACUCACUCCACACGUCUCAGGUCAGCCACAGCUGAUCCUCAGAAACACUUAUCGCACUGAAGCCUGUACGGAUGCUCUGUGUCAACGAUCAGCUGUGAGCAGAGUGAAUCAAACAGGCACCGUGCAUCCAAACGGGACAUCCCUCUCUCUCCCUUUUGACUUGAAACGCUUAAAGGGACUCAAACACGCCCGACUACUCCGUGGGCUGUGGUGGAACGCUGCGACCGGAGGCUGGCCCAGCUCACGUUGAUGCUGGUGGGCGCUCCCCAGUACUCUCCCUGCAACCUGCUCCUGCCUCCCCGCCCACCAUGGCUAUGAGCAGUGACCCUGGCCGUGAGAUGCUGGACCCCGACUCUGACAAACAGACCAGCAGUCUCGCAGACAACAUGGCUGCCUUGACGACGGAGGACUCCAGCGGCUCUGCGUCCAACGGCGUGAGGAAUGGCGGGGCUCAGCAGGACGCGGCUCAGGCCAAGAAGACUCGUGCGCUGCGGCCUCACCUGACUGGGAGGAAGUUGUCGCUGCAGGAGAGAGGCACUUACCUGUCGGGCUCUGGGGGAGGAUAUACGCACAUAUCCCCUCGUGUGGCUCGCAGGCCCACCGUGGAGUCUAAGCGUGUGUCCAUCUCAGACGCUCAGGACUGUAUCCAGUUGAACCAGUAUAAGCUGAAGAGUGAGAUUGGAAAGGGCUCCUACGGUGUAGUCAAACUUGCCUACAAUGAGGAUGAUGACAAACAUUAUGCCAUGAAGCUGGUGUCUAAGAAGAAGUUGAUGAAGCAGUGUGGUUUUCCACGUCGCCCACCCCCAAGAGGACCCAAAGCGGCCCAAGGAGAGCAGCCCAAAAUCUUAGGACCCCUGGAGAGGGUCUACCAAGAGAUUGCCAUCCUUAAAAAACUGGACCAUGUCAACAUUGUCAAGCUGGUGGAGGUGCUGGAUGAUCCAGCGGAGGACAACCUUCACAUGGUGUUUGAGCUGAUGCCUAAGGGUCCAGUGAUGGAAGUGCCCUCAGACAAUCCUUUUUCAGAGGAGCAGACAAGGUUAUACUUCAGAGACAUCAUCCUGGGCAUUGAGUACCUGCACUACCAAAAGAUUGUCCACCGGGACAUCAAGCCUUCUAACUUGCUACUGGGGGACGAUGGCCACGUGAAGAUAGCAGACUUUGGGGUCAGCAACCAGUUUGAGGGCAACGAUGCUUUGCUGUCCAGCACUGCUGGCACUCCUGCAUUUAUGGCUCCAGAGACCCUUUCAGACACACGAAAGAGCUUCAGUGGAAAAGCGCUGGACGUGUGGGCCAUGGGAGUUACUCUCUACUGUUUCGUCUUCGGGAAGUGCCCCUUUAUUGACGAGUACAUAUUGGCUUUGCACAAUAAGAUAAGGACCAAGCUUGUGGAUUUCCCAGAAACACCAAAGAUCAGUGAAGAGCUGCGGACUCUGAUCUUGCGUAUGCUGGACAAGAACCCAGACACCAGGAUCACCAUGCCUGAAAUCAAGAUGGACCAGUGGGUGACCCAGAGAGGCACUGAUCCUUUGCCCCUGGAGGAGGAGCACUGCUCUGUGGUGGAGGUGACAGAGGAGGAAAUCCAGAAUUCAGUCAAGUUUGUUCCCAGCCUCUCUGCAGUGAUUUUGGUAAGAGCCAUGCUGAGGAAGCGCUCCUUCGGUAACCCCUUUGAGUGCCCGAGCAGGAGAGAGGAGAGGUCCAUGUCUGCACCUGGCAGCCUGCUCAUGGACUCGUGGCCCUUCCGGCCCACUUUUAAACUUCACCCCUCUCUCAGAAAGAGCAGCACAGGAGACGGACCCAGAGAAGGAGAGCUGGAGGACCUGCAUGAAGACGAGCCCUCCUCUUGAGUCUUAAUGGCGCUCCUCCCUUCAACAGAGCUUUAUCUUAAACUCCAUCUUCUUUCCAUUCCUUUGCUUGAACCACAGUGUGCCCACCCCUUCAUCCUUCAAAUCAGUGACACACCACAGGCGUAUCACUCUAUACACUGGAGAGACACCGCUGGAUCACUUGCGUUUACAUUCAGACUCAAAAGCUUGGGCUUGCUUCUUUUUUUUUUUUUUUUUCCUUCUUCAGCCUCAGAGUUUCCUUCUUGAUCCCAAUCCCCCACAAUUCCCUUCUCUAAUGUGGAGUCCUCUGGGCACUGAUGAUCUACAAUGUUGCUUGUCUUAACUGCUCACUGUUGUGACUGGCAUCCGUGAACCGAUGAGAGGAACUCUGCUGAAUUUCUGGAUCAUUAACAGAUUGAAUUAUUGUUGCGGAAGAACGGCACGGACAUGUUUGUCAGCUGGCAGUACACUGUAAUGUGGGGGGAAAAAACUGCCAAACUCUGAGUUCUUUUUUUUUUUACCCGUUUGCAUGGAUGAACAGUUGGGCCUCAUCAUCAGACUGUCGACAGCCACCUGUCACAGUCAGGCGAAGAGAAUAAUCAUCCCAGAUUUCAGCAUGUAAAUGACUCUUCAGUGAACUACAGUGCUUUGUUUUAAAUUAUUUAUCGGUUAUCGUCUCACAGCCCUAUUCUUGUGUGUGUGCCAUCAGCUUUUACACUGGAAGGUCCAAGCCCUUCCAGUUCUGGCCUGACUGGUUGAACGUCUCUGACAGGAAGGAAAGGAAGUCAGCUGUCUGAGGCCGGUCACACAGAAAGGACUACAUCAUGUCUACUGUAAUGUGUAAUUGUAUCUGUGUUAGAACUCAUUUCACACUUCCUCUCCUACACUUUGUUUGUCUGAUUUCUGUUCUCUGACACUGUCUCUUUCCCUUUUAUGUCAUACAGUAACCCUUGAUUUGAUGUGAAGUAAUUGUGACAGAUAUUGGAGCCUUAUGAAGUGGAUGUUUGAUGGCGAAUGUGAACACACUGUAAACUACUCCGAUGGCCUAUACCUUAAAUAAUUCCCCCUACAAAUUAGAAUGUAUUAUUAUACAAUGCUCUUUGAUGCAGAGCUGAUUUGAAGGCAUGAAUAAUCUUAUUGUCGGAGUUAAACAUCAAACAGAUGAAAUUGAAUCAGUUAUCCAGGCUCAGGGACUGUACACACAUUCUUAUUAAGGGGGAGGGGAGUACAGAAAAGGGGGAGGCUUAUAUAAGUUUCCUUUUUGCUGAUGGGAGGGUAGUGAGAGCAGAUCUUUUUUUUUUUUUGUCAAUCACCCCAAAUUUAUAUUUCAGUAUUCCCUAGCAGAAUAAAAUAAAGGGAAUCAGGUGUUCAGGUGUGCACAGUGGGUCAUAGAGGACAACAACCCCUGCACUGUUUAAGGGAUUUAUUC